AUGCUUCUUAUCACUGCGAUUGCAUCCUUCGUGACUGUCGUUCAGGCGGCUAGUGUCACCGUCCGUGCGGGCUCCUACAUCAAUUGGAAAACAUUCACGGCAAAGGGUGUCAACCUCGGUGGUUGGCUUCAUCAAGAAGCCGUGAUAGAUCCUACUUGGUGGGCCAAGUACGGCGGCAAUACUGUGGAUGAAUGGGAUUUAUGUGCGAGGUUGGGGCCUCAGUGUGGACCGGUUCUCGAGCAAAGAUAUGCCAGCUAUAUCAACACUGCUGACAUUGACAAGCUUGCUGCUGCCGGUAUCAACCUCCUUCGAAUUCCCACUGGCUACAACGCUUGGGUCAAAGUCCCUGGUUCGCAGCUCUACUAUGGCAACCAAGCUCGGUUCCUUCAGGCCAUUGCCAACUAUGCUGUCCGCAAAUACAACAUGCACAUUAUCCUCGACAUUCAUUCUCUGCCUGGCGGGUUGAACGGCAUGGGGCUGGGAGAAAAGGAGGGCAACUACGGCUGGUUCCAGAACCAGACCGCUCUUACCUAUUCCUACCAGGCUGUGGACGCUGCAAUCAAGUUCAUCCAGAACUCUGGAUUCCCAGAAGCGUUCACGCUAGCGCCUAUCAACGAGCCGGUCGAUAACCGCGAUUUUACCAAGUUUGGCACGCCGGAGGCCCUGACAGAUGCUGGUGCCGCUUGGGUUCUGCAGUACUUUAAGGGCGUCCUUGCCAAGGUGAAGGCUGUCAACGCCAAUAUUCCUCUGUUGUUGCAGGGAAGCUUCAGGCAUGAGGAAUACUGGUCUCCGUUCUUCGCUGCAACUGACAACAUUGUGUUCGACGUCCACAACUACUACUUCGCUGGACGCCCUACUACGUCUGCCAACCUUCCUACAUGGAUCUGUUCGGAUGCUAAGGGCUCAGCUGGGGAUGGAAAAUUUCCGGUCGUCAUCGGCGAGUGGUCGAUCCAGGCAACCAAUGCCAACACUUUUAGCAGUCGAAAGACGAACUUAAACACAGGCAUUGCUGCAUGGGCAAAGUACACACGUGGCAGCAUAUACUGGACCUACAAGUUUUACGGCAACGUUCCUGUCAGUGGCGAGGGUGUACAGGGUGAUUACUGGAGCUACGAGAAGUUCAUCAAUGGCGGUUUCAUCGAUCCGUCGGCUGGGAUCGAGUGCAACUAA